GCCCUUUUUGCCGCGGCACGCUGUCAAAGGUAUUAUAUUUAAUUUUUGAAAAUAAAUGUGCCCGUAAAAUUUGGGCGCUUCCAUUGCCAUAGAAGUUUGACCCCAAAGAAACUUUGAGGGAGGGAGGGAGAGAAAUAUAGCAGAUAUGGAUGGUUCUCUAGAUUUUGAGUUUGAAGACCCACUUCUCAGUUCCCCUGUUGUUACCAAGAAAAGGAAGAAGGUUAUUGGGUUGGAUGAUCUUUUGAGUGAUUACUACAAAGAGAGAAGCAAACUUGUCGAGAGGGAGUCUAUACAAGAAAAGGCCCAAAAGGCCUACAACUCAGAUGACGAUGUCAAUACCAAAGAAGCUUCACUUUCUGAAGUGAUCGAUCAAUGCCAAAAUCAGAUGAGAGAAAUUAGCGGUGAGGAAGAUAUGUCAACGUGGGGCAUGCGUGUAUUUGGGAAUCAGAAAGUUCCACCACCUCUAGCUUUUCCUGGGCUUGAAAGUUGUGCCCUCUUGCAGUCUUUUAUGAAGAAUGAGCUCAAUUCCCUCUUUGAACUUGAUUCAGAUAAAGGAGACCUGUUCCUUGAAGGAUUGUUAGCAAAUGGCUGGCUUUCAAAAUUGGCAUUUAUAUGCGGUCAUGUAGAAAAAUCAAUGGCCGUGUGGACAUUUAAUUUGAUGUUAUAUUCGUCGAAAGAAGAAUUGAGAACAUCUGCAUGUGACUUUUGGUGUGCUAUUUUGUCAUCAAAAGAUGAGCCUGUCUUGAUUGAUUGGCUUCCUAGCUAUUUUGAAUUAAAAGGGGCUCUUGAAAUUUAUGGAUUUCAAUAUAAGUUUUCAUUCAACAGAGACUCUUUGCAUGCAGGUUCUAAUUGUGGAGGGCCACCUCAAAAUAUUAGAUCUUGGGUCAGAUUUGCUGCUGCUUGUAGUCAUGUAAGGAAUAAACUCUCUAUCCUUUCAACCUCAGAAGCCGAAGAUUUAGUUGAAGUCAUUAUUUUUCUGUUCUUAGAUCACCAGCUUCAUGGUCUGGCGGUUCUUUUAUACGAAUGUAUGAAAUCACUUAUCAGUUACUUCACGGAGAAAGAAUGGAAGAACAGCUGUAACAAGAUAGCAAAAUCACUUGCUUGCAGAGUUCCUAGGGACUUAAACUGCUUGCGAGCUGUGGAAUGCAUUUCAGGAUAUGAUACCCGUAGUAAGCAACUUAGAAGUUCAGUUGCCUAUCAAAUUCUUCUUGUUUGUUUUGAUAAUAAGGCUACUGAUGAAGAAGAGAUCAUGCGAUUGCUUAUUGCAAUUAAUGUGAAAGAAAAAGGUUGUGAUCUUUUCAAGAUGUACAUUUACUUGGUUUUGGCAGAGAAUUGGCUCUUGGUUAAUCAAAUGUUGGAACAUAAGCCAGUAAUUAAUGAAAUGUGGGGUCUUUAUCUUCGAAACUGCUCUUGCCAAAUUUCCAGCACGGACUUGAGGUCCUUUGCAUCAAAGGUCCGUAAUAAGGCUUCAUAUCUUCUGCAAGGCACUGUCACCAAAUAAUGUUAAGCUUGAUACUAAUCAGCUGUGCAUUUCUUGUAAGUACAUUAUAACAAAGGGCAUUCUUAUUCUGGAGAGUUGCAGAAAGAAAGAAGCAUCUUGAUAAGAAUAGUCGGUUGCUAAAUUCAGGAGCACUUUUUCUAUUGUAUGUGACAUUAAUCAUUGACAUAUUGAGCAAGUCUGCUAUGAAAUACGUAGAGCAAUGACGGGGGAAGUUCGAUCCAAUUAAUUGUGCCAUGCUUUUAAACAAUUUGCAUUGACAAAGCAAGCGUGGGCUUUUAUUUGGGAGUAUGACAUAAUCUAGAUUGUGUUCUUUUGGCUAUUAACCCGGUUGCCUCCCGGCCUCUUUUCCCUCCUUUUUACUGCUGCUAGCUCCCUACCACAGCACCCAAAAGUCCCCCACCUCAACCCCCAAAACAAAGUCGCAAACACCAACACUUCUCAAUAUGUUGUUUUUUCGCCAAAUUGGAUGGGUAUUGGCAUUGGGAUAUAAUGAUUUUCAUGCCAACCAAACAUCUGAAAAAGUUUUUGACAUUGUUUUACCAAACAAUGGUAAACAGGUGGGUUUCCUAGAAAAUAUUUCAAACCAAAAAAUAUUGCUAUUUUCUCCAUUUAAUGUCGAAUCAAAUGGAGCAUGCAUAUCUUUAUGGAUAAAUUUAUUGCCUUGCGGGUGGUGAAACAGGGGCUACCAUCUAAUCGGUUGUGUUUAUGGGCCAUUCUGAUAUUUUAUUUUGCUUUUGAUUAUUGAAUAACACUAAAGAUAACUGAAUUUUGCCUUUGGUUAACAUCCCAUUGCUUGCAUUAUACCAAUGUACAAUUGGC